AUGUUCAAAGCGUUCUUCAUUGUUUGGUGGCAGGUUGCCCUUUGCCGCCGUUUCACCGUUCCACUCUCGAGGCAGAUUGUCCGCGUCAAGGUCAACGGGCGAACAGUCUCGCACAAGACAGCGUACUAUGGAAGCAUCUUCGUAGGCCAUCCGAAGCCACAGAACUUCACGGUUGUCUUCGACACAGGUUCAGGUCACUUGUUCCUUCCCGACCGCUCCUGCCAGGAUGCGGUGUGUUUGCAGCACAGGCGCUUCGACCGCUCAUUGUCUGCGUCGGCGGCGGAAAUCAACAGCGACGGCAGCCAUGCCCGUCGCGAGCAUGAUGUCGUCUCCAUCUCUUAUGGCAUCGGCGAAGUCGUGGGUGACUUCGUCCGCGAUGUGGUUUGCAUGGGGGCGCCAGGAAGCCUGGAGGAGGGGCCCUGCACCUCAGCGCGCGUCAUCCUCGCAAAACAGCUGACCACGGAGCCCUUCCAGCACUUCGCCUUCGACGGCGUCCUGGGACUCGGGUUAAGCGCACUGGCCCUGAAUCCGGAGUUCCACCUCUUCAGUCAGCUCGCCGGGCGCAGCUCGAUACAGCAGACCUUUAGUGUCUUCCUCGCGCGGCCGGGUGAGUCAGGGAGCCAAGUGACCUUCGGGGGACAAGACGAGGGCCGAGCAGAUGGGGCGACCAGCUGGAAGCCCCAACAUCGCGCAUUGCAUUGCAAACCCGGCGCGGGUGCGUCCGCUGCGUCCUGUCCGCCUUGGGCGUCUUCGAGGAGGCAGCUGCAGUAG